AGUAGCUGCUGAAAAGAUUAAAAGAAAGUUUGAAUAAAGAAGCCACCCUUCUUGAAAGAGUUUUCUUCCCCUCUAGAACUUCCUCUCAGAUGAUAACAAGAAGACUACUUUUCUUUGAAGCUCUCUUAACUCCAUCACAAAACCAAACAAGAAACCCAUACUUGGAUUCUCAUCUGAUAUGAUUCUUUGAUUCAAAGUUUUUAUUUGCAGAUGGUACAAAGAAAGGAUCAUAACAAGCUUGGAAUUCAAGCUGAUUCCAAGGAUGAUGUUAAGUCUGGUAUGUGGUCUUUGGCCCUUAAAUCAUCUUCUCAGUAUCAGGAUAUUCAGGACAAGGGUGGAACAGAGUUGAAGAAGAAGGAAAUGAAGAAGUCGAGAUCAAUCAAGCUCUUGGACUUGGAGAACUUAGAACCUCCUCCUACAAGACGGGCAAAAGCACGCUUCAACAAACCACCUACCAGUGCAUCCACUGCUGCUGUCACUCCACAGAGGACAUCCAUGAUCAAUAAGCGAGAUCCAUCGCCGAAUUUUAUGAAGCAUACAAGCAGAUCUGAUGCAAAAGAGCGUUCACAGGUGAGUCCUCAUGGUUAUCUAGCUAGUUGUCCACGUAAGAGUCCUAGUCCUAGCCCCAGUGGAAGGAAUUCCAGUCGAAUGAGCAUGAGUCCUUGCCCAAAUGGAAGGAAUUCCAUUCGAGACAGCAUCAGUCCAAAUCCAAGUAGAAGGAAUUCACAUGGCAACAGCCCGAGUCCUAGCUCGAGUGAAAGGAGUUACCAUCGGAAGAGCCCGAGUCCUUGCCCAAGUGGAAGGAAUUCAAAUCAUAUGAGUCCCACUUCAAACAAUUCCGCUUGGAACAGACCCAGUCCUAGCCCAGACGAAAGGAAGUCCAAUUCUCUGACCCUCAGUCCUAGCUUGUGCGGAAGGAAUUCCAAUACAAAGCCUUGCUCUGCUUCUGAUCCCAAACCAGUAAAAACUUCGGCAAAGACACCUAGUUUGAAACCAGUGAGGACUCUAACAAAGACACCUAGUCUCAAGGGAGGAGCAGAGUUGAAGAGGCAGAUUAAGAGGUCAAGAUCGAUCAAGCUCUUGGGUUUGGAGACCUUAGAAUCAUCUCCAAUGGAACAGACAAACUCAGGCUUUGACGGAUCACCUGGCAAUAUAUCCAGUGCUGCUGUUACUCCAGGGAACCAAUGCCUCAUGACUACACCAUAUUUCUUGCCCAAUUAUAUGAAGCCCACAAGCAGUUCUGAUGCGAGGAAGGAGUCGCAGGUAAGCACCCAAGGUUCUCAAACUAGUCCCAGCAAGAGUCCAAAUGAAAGCAAUUUUAUUCGUAUAAAACCUUCAUCUGCUUCGGGUCACAAACCGGCAAGGACUCUAACAAAGACAACUAGUUUGAAACCAGUAAGGACUUUAACAAAGACAUCUAGUUUGAAACUACAGAGGCCUUCAAUGAAGAAUAGGCCAGAUAUUGCUCAAUGUUCCAGCCUGACCGCUGGUAGGGCUACCUGUUCAUCAACUCUCAAGGAUUCAAAGUUCCCUACCUCUUUGACACUUAGUCCAGGUGCAACUGAAUCAGAAGGAACUUCAGCUAUGAAGGUCUGCCCCUACACUUAUUGUUCUCUUAAUGGCCAUCAUCAUGCACCAUUGCCUCUGCUGAAACAUUUCUUGUCAGCAAGAAGGUGUCUGCUCAAGACACAGAAAAGCCUGAAAAUGAAAAAUCUAUCUCCUCUUCAAAAAAUUCCUCCUGGCAAAAGAAAAAGCGAAAUUGAUAUGGACAGGGCAGCCUUGAAUGAUGAUCCAAAAGCCCAAGCAGCAGAUUUGGCUCACUCAGCGAUAUCACCUGUGAUAAAGGAAGACAACAUAGAUUUCUUUGUAGAAAUUUAUGCUAAACGAAGGGACGACAGUGCCACAUCAAUGGGAAGAAGCAUUCAAGAUGGGCAUGAUGAAGCAACUACUGAUUGUGCUGUAAAUUCCAAUAUUCCAGUUGACAUUGCAUCAUCACUAAUACAUGGCACUGAAAUAGAAACAGAAAAUGAUGCUUGGAAGGCUCAUGAGAGCGUGCCAAAUGAAUUAUCCUACUCUCAGAUAAACGUCGAAGACAGCAUUGACCAAAACAGCAACCUGGAGGUAGAAAUGGAUAUUCCAACAUCUGAACAAGAUCAGUUCAUCCAAAUUGCAUUCACAGAUUAUCAAUCCUGCUUGAUUAUAGCAGAAACAGGUAUAGAAUGUUGCAUUGGGAAGGAAUUGGAAGGAGAAAGCACUGCAGGCACUGAAUCGGAGGAAUCUUGGGAGGAGGGAGAAUUUUUUGCCCCUCCGUCUGAUGAGCCUGAUCUAAUGACCAUGCACUUACCAGAGUUCAAGAGCCCACCACUGCAGGAUGAGCUAGUACUCAAGCCCAACGAAACUAUCAACGAGAACUCUGAAGAAUUUGCAGUGGAGGAACUUGCACAGCACCAGGUCCACACAGAAAAUGCUGAAAGUUUCACUAUGGAAUAUGGUGAUGAUGAUGCAGGCACUGAACUGGAGGAAUCUUCUCUUGAACCCACUGACAUGAAUUGGGAGGAGGGAGAAUUUGCUGCCCCGCCAUCUGAUGAGUCUGAUCUAAUGACCAUGCACUUACCAGAGUUCAAGUGUCCAGCACUGGAGGAGAAACUAGUCUUCAAGCCAUAUGAAACUAUCAACAAGGACUCUGAAGAAUUUCCAGUGGAGGGACUUGCACAGCACCAGAUCCACACAGAAAAUGUGGAAAGUUUCACUAUGGAAUAUGGUGAUGAUGAUUCGGAGACAGAUGUUGAAGAUCAGGGUUCUGGGAGAGGCAUACCCAUUAAUUUCAGUGGAGAAAGAUCUAAUAUCUCUGACUGGUCAGAUCAGAACUUAUUUUCCUCCACUGAAGUUGCAUGUACAGAGCCAGCAACAAUUAUGGAAGAAGCAGAUGGAGUUCCCAAGCCAGACGAGACCUUCAACAGCAUGGUCUAUUCAGCUUCUGUUGAAGACCCAUUGGAUGAUCUCACAAAAUCCAGUGAUGAGAAGAAUGAUGAAGCACCUGAAUCAGAAAACUUACUUCAAGAGCAUCAACAAGUUGGGGUUGAGUUCAUUUCCAUUACUGAUGUAAUAGAUGGGGCCUUAGAGAAUGAACAGGAAAGCUCUCUUGCAUUUAGCAAUAGUCUUGCAGGUGUUGAUGUUGGAGGUGAUGCAAAAGGAAAAGAGCAAGCUGAAGAUGCCGUGGAACUUGAUGGCCAUGGGAGAAAAUCCAAUCAAGCUGAGAACAGCAUUGGAGAAGAAGAGACUAUGCAAGUUGAAGAUAAUAUGGAAUCAGAUGCAACAGAAGAAACAAACAGUGAAGACAAGAUUACAAGCUCCAAAAAGGAUGAAAAAAUUGUCAACGGAGGAAAUGACUCCAACCAACUGCCCAUGACCUCUGUCAAUUUGAAGAAAAAAAUUCGAUGCAGGAGAACCAUUGACGAGCAGGAGGAACCAAGAAAAUUCAACCCAAGGGAGCCACAAUUUCUGGACAUUGAGCCUGAACCUGAACCAGAAAAGGUUGAUCUUCGGCAUCAAAUGAUGGAUGGAAGGAAAAAUGCUGAGGAAUGGAUGCUUGAUUAUGCACUUCAACAAACAGUCACCAAACUUGCUCCGGCUCGCAAGCGGAGAGUGUCACUGCUGGUUGAAGCCUUUGAAGCAGUUAUACCACCACCCAAAUGUGAAACCCGCCUGCCAAAUACCUCAGCAGCUUUUGUUCAUGCAAGACCCAUUCAAGCUUGUAACUAAUGGUGGUAAUUGAGGUGUAUUUCAUUCCUUUCUUACUGUGAAGGUGGUAACCUCAACAAGCAGCUUAGGUUGAUAUCCUGAGGUCAACAACUGCAAUUUCAGCACAGGACCAGAGGACUUGAAUCUUUAAUAAUAAGCCCAUGGUGCAUAGGACAACUGACUUGUUCACCACUGUCAGCAGAGAGGGAGAUGUCGCACUUCAAUGCAUCAUGGACGAGUGGAGUGGAGAUACAACUGUACAUACAGUACUGAAACUCCUAUUCGAGUCCAAGCUUAUUAGGAAGUAAUGUCCCAACUCAUGUGGAAGUUAAAUUGUAUAAGGUGGUAGAAUCAAUAGGGAUAGUAGAAGUUGUGUGUACUGAGGGAGGUGUGUUAUUUUUAAUACAAUAAAAAAAAAAACAAAAAAUGGAAAAAAAAAGUGCUGUUUGUUAUCUCAUUGGGGGUGAUAUUUUUCUUCAGUUGUAGCGGUUACUUAACCCCCAUAAUAUCAUAAUUUAUAAUGUAAUUUAUGAUGCAUUUCUUUGUUUCAA